ACUACUAUACCACUAUACCACCACCACAAUAACCGCAUUCUUUUUCAACAGGUCAAUUAAAAAGAAACAGUCAAUAACCCAUUCCAUUGCCGGUGCCAGCCAGCCAUUGCAUCACUCUUCUCCACCCUCCCCCCCUCUCUCUCUCUCUCUCUCUCUGGCGGUGGAAUAAGAGACCUUCUUGCGUAUCAGACAGACCCUAUCAAAAACACAACAAAAACUGCUCCGCAUUCAGGACUUACCUACUACUCUAUUAUUGAUCCAUUACUGGGCUCAUACUGGUCCAUACUGGCCUAUACUAAAUAAAUAAACCCCACGAAGAGUUACGCCAUCCCCGGGGAUUUUUUUGGGGUCUCUCUUCCCACGUCAAAUUCCCCAUCCAUCUCCCCCCUCCCCCCCAAAUACCAAUCACAACUAAUCCGAACUUCGGGAAACUCGUUAUCAUACAUACAAUACCUGUCGCUGCCCUUUUUCUGCACGACCAGAUAAUUACGGUCUUUCGCACUUUCCCCCGAAUUUUCUACGCACCAACUUCUAUUUUUGAUCAUAGUCCCUCCUCAAAACUGUCAGAUACCGAAGCACCUGACUCGAGUUGUGCGAUCUGGGCCGCUCGACUAAGACCAAUUUUGCCGCCGUAGUGGCAACCCCACGUACAUACUACUCCGUACAUACUCCGUACAUACAUACAUACAUACGACAGCUUCGCCACCCGUCCACACGGUAUACCCUACCUACCCUACCUACCCUACUACCUGGAAAACAAUUCCCAUAUAACUCCAGUCCAACCGCCCGCACCCGCAGGCAGGCAUGAGUGAAUACCAGAACCGGUAAUAAUCAUAAUUCGGAUCGCAAGCGGAGGGAGUUCGAUCUCGGGAGGAAACCCAACAAAAAUAUACCCGCCAUGGAUUCUUCUUCAGAGCCAAUUCCCGCCAUGGCGAGCUCCCCCUCUUCACCUGGCACCGCCUAUUGGAUCCUUCACUACGUCCAAUACGCAUACCCAUUGGUGCUGCUGGUGGUCUUCCUGACUGCAUUCGUUGCGCACAGCAUCAUUUCCUCGCCCAGCAACCAGUCUGUCACUUCUCGAUCUACCCUCACGGGCCCAGGAGGCAAGCCCCUACCGCCAACCUCGAGACCGCCCAGCAAUAGCCCCCCGGUGCCGACGAACGAUGGGUUUGGCAAGACCCGCAGCCUGCUCUUCUGCUGGCUGUCCGUGGGCCUGAUUGGCACCUUUGUCGGGAAUAUUGUUAAUAUCGUGGUGCACGCCGUCUCAGAGCGCAAGGAGGGCUGGUGGUGUGGUGAGGCGCCUGCGGCAUACGUGAUCGGCGCGGCGUUUCUCUACUCGCUCUUUCUCAUUUCGCUGGUCGAUACACAUCCGUCUCCGAGUGUCGUUCAUUUGAUAACAUGGAGUGUUGCGUUGGUCGGGGAGCUUGUGCUCAUUGGGGCUACAAUGGUGUAUAUCACGUCGCCGCACCGCGAAAUAAAUUCUUUGAACCCAGAUACGCCUAUAUUAGAGGUUCCAAAUCAAUGGGAGAUUGUCGAGGUCCUCUGUGAUGCGGCUAGGGUCCUCUUCCUGGUGCUCUGCGUGGCUUUCUACGCGUUCUUCUCGUAUCAGCAGUCAUCCUCGCCCAGUAAAAGAAGGACCUCUCGCGAGCGCGCUGCGGCGCGGGACGAGCGAACGCCCUUGCUCAAUGGACACACCGUCAGCGGUGAUGUUCACGUAGAGAAUGGAAACACGGAACACGAGAACGGAGGGCAUUCGCCCGGGGAGUCGGCGUAUGGUGCUACUACCAUGAAUGGGCACGCUGCUGUAAACGGUGACGCUGCUAUGAAUGGACAUGGUCAGGGCCCGGCAGGUCCUACCGAUUCGGCGGCAUUUUACAGACCCACGACUGCGCCCUCGAGGAGCUGGUGGGAAUACCUGCGUGGAUACUCGCUAUUCUUCCCAUAUCUGUGGCCGAACAAGUCAUUGAGGCUCCAGAUCACAGUGGUUGUCUGUUUUGUCCUGGUGCUGCUACAGCGCCUGGUCAAUGUCCUGGUCCCAAUACAGAUGGGCAAUGUGACAGACUUGCUGUCCGAAGAUGAGCCGGAAGAGGAGGGUAUUCUCCAGAUGCUGAAGGGCGGACCUACAGGCCCGUCAAUGCCGUGGUUGGCCAUUUCUCUGCUCAUCGUGUACAAGGUUUUCCAGGGGACGUCUGGACUCCUUGCGGCCGGGAGAGCUGUGCUCUGGAUUCCAGUCUCCCAGUACUCUUACCAAGCGCUGUCUACUUCCUCGUUUGAGCACGUCCAUGGACUAAGCUUGGACUUUCACCUGGGGAAGCGCACUGGAGAGGUCCUAUCGGCGCUCAGCAAGGGUGCUGCGAUUAACACGUUCCUGGAGCAGAUCACUUUCCAGGUUCUGCCGAUGCUCAUCGACUUGGUACUUGCCAUCAUCUACUUUUCGAUCAAAUUCGAUAUUUACUACUCUCUCACUCUCAGCGUCGUCACCUUCUGGUACCUCUACGCGACUGUUCGCCUCGCGCAGCUGCGUGCGGAGCAGCGGAGACGGAUGAUCAAUGCGGACAGAGAGGAGGAUGCAGUUAAGAACGAUUCGAUCCAGUCAUAUGAGACGGUGAAAUACUUUGGUGCUGAGGAGUACGAGUCGAACAGGUACAGAAAGGCUGUCCAAAACUUCCAGAACGAGGAAUAUCAGGUUACUCUCUCUUUGAGCGUCAUGAAUAUCGUCCAGAACAUGAUCUUCAUGCUCGGAUUACUGGUUGUGUCCCUCAUCGCUGCGUACCAAGUCACUUCAGGACUUCGUCGCGUCGGAGAGUUCGUCUCGCUUAUCACCUACAUGGCCCAGCUGCAGCAGCCGUUGAACUUCUUCGGCACGUUUUACAAGAAUGUGCAGAGCGCCAUGAUCAAUGGAGAGCGCCUUUUGGAGCUCUUCAAAGAGCAGCCGACUGUUACGGACCACCCUGGUGCACGCGAUCUGAACAAGUGCGAGGGACGGAUUACCUUUGAGGGCGUCAAAUUCUCUUACGACCAGCGGAAACCCGCAUUGCAGGACCUUACCUUUGAUUGUCCGCCGGGUACGACAACUGCACUGGUCGGUGAGUCUGGUGGUGGGAAAUCGACAAUUUUCCGCCUUCUGUUCCGCUUUUACAACGAACAGGCCGGUAGAAUUCUACUCGACAACCACGACGUCCAAAACCUGACCAUCAAGUCUCUACGAAGCCACAUCGGAGUCGUGCCGCAAGAUACAGUCCUCUUCAACGAGACAAUCAUGUACAACCUGCGCUACGCGAACCAAAACGCCACCGACGAGGACAUCUUCAAUGCCUGCCGAGCAGCCAGUAUCCACGACAAGAUCCUCUCCUUCCCCGACGCCUACGACACCAAAGUCGGCGAGCGCGGCCUCCGUCUCAGCGGCGGCGAAAAGCAGCGCGUCGCCAUCGCCCGCACCAUCCUCAAGAACCCCCGCAUCAUCAUGCUCGACGAGGCAACAGCAGCGCUGGAUUCAGAGACCGAACAACACAUCCAGGAAGCACUCAAGCGCCUAUCCGUCGGUCGCACAAUGCUUGUCAUAGCUCACCGCCUCUCCACCAUCACAAGCGCAGACCAAAUCCUCGUCCUCCACGAAGGUUCCGUCUACGAGCGCGGCACCCACGACCAACUCCUCGCCAAAAAGGGCCGCUACUACAACAUGUGGCGCAAACAGAUCCGCGCCGAGCGUGCAGCAGAGGAAGCGCGUCUACUGAGCGAUCGCGCUGCGGUGCUGCGUGAACAGGCCCUCGCGAGACCGGGGAGCUGUGAUGGUCUAGGCAGCGAGGAGACGUCGGAUAAUGAUACGGCGCAUGAGGGGGCGGAGGCGGAGACUGAGGCUGAUGUGGAGGAGGGGAGACCCCUGCUUGGGGGGGCGGCGGCGGCGACGGAACGGAUUAGGGGGCCGUUUAGGGGGGAGGCGUUUUUGGUGAGGAGGAGUACGCAUGAUGGGAUUCCGCCGGGGUCGCCUCCUUGAGGGGGUUAUACGUUUGACGAAGACAGGGCAAGCUUCGUCUACCACCACGGCUGCGUGGCUUUGGUGGUUGGGUCGGAGUCAAUCGCUCGUUUUCUCCCAUCGUCCUCAAUGUCGAUAGCUCACAUGAGCCAAACCCACAACACAACACCGAGAGGGACACUCGCUCACUCCCACACACCCCUCGACACCCACUUCCUUUCUUUCCGAAUGACGCAUAAAACGUCCUGCAGCGCAACAUUAACGAAUGUCACGGCAAAAACAACACGCUCUUCUUCUACGGAAAUCGAGCAUCAGCGAACACGCAUUAUUCCUCACACCCUUAAUUAACUUUACUGGGGUCGCCUUAAUUACUCUUUCGUCUCGCCCUACUCAUUCAAACGGCGGCCCCUACUUUUUUGUGUCCCUUGUUUUGCUUUUCGCCCUCACCUCAUUUUCUGUUUGUGCUUUUGGGCUUUUUCAUACUAUAAAAGUUGAAAUUCGCACCGUCUUCUUCUUCUUCUUCUUGAGUUCCUUCUGAGUCAUUUCAGCAUCAAGCGUGUUUGUUUUGCGACGGCGUGCUCUAUUUGCCUUUCUUCACUUGGGCCGAGGGGAUUUGUACAUGUUUGGCCGUUUCCCAGCCCCCUUCCUCCUUUGCUAUCUGAGCUAUAACGGGGUUUUGCGACCUGCACAUUUGCCUUUUCUGUUCCUUUUCUACCCAAAUUGUUCUCCGUGCGGUUUUUUUUCUCUAUUAAAAAGACAUAAUUAUUAGGACUGGUGGUUCUUUUGAGGAGGUUUAAUUUUCUACUUGUGUGCUGUGUCUGGGAGACUGGACUGGUCUGGAGCGUGGGCGAUGGAGGGGGGGUUUUGGGUACAUAUAUUUGGUACGACUGGAACGGGGAUAUGCUGGAGACCGAAGGCGUAGGCUUUGUUUCUUUCUCUGCUUUUAGGCAUGUAAAUAAGGAACGAGACCUGGAGGGGUUUGCUUUUGCGUGCGUGUGUGGGCUUUUUACCAGAAUGGCAGAGGGAGAGAGGA